AUGGAGUGUAAUCCUCCUCAGUUACCUGCGAUACGGGACUCCAGCUGCUCUCCACCGAGCUCCAAACAGGACCUCCCAACAUUCAACCCCAACAUGAAACCCAACCAGGUCAGCGAGACCGCCCUGUAUGGAAUAUCCAUAGUCUGUCUGGUGCUGGACGGUCAGGAGAGACUGUGCCUGGCGCAGAUCUCCAACACUCUGCUGAAGAACUACAGCUAUAACGAGAUCCACAACCGGCGCGUGGCUCUGGGCAUCACCUGCGUGCAGUGCACCCCGGUCCAGCUGGAGAUUCUGAGGCGUGCGGGCGCCAUGCCCAUCUCCUCCAGGCGCUGUGGGAUGAUCACAAAGCGCGAAGCAGAGAGGCUUUGUAAAUCGUUUAUCGGAGCCCACAACCCUCCAAAACUACCGGAGAAUUUCGCGUUUGAUGUUUCCCACGAGUGCACGUGGGGGAGCCGUGGUAACUUUAUACCAGCCAGGUACAACAGCUCCCGGGCCAAGUGUAUCAAGUGCUCCUUCUGCAAUAUGUAUUUUUCUCCCAAUAAGUUCAUAUUCCACUCUCACAGAACAUCAGAAUCCAAGUAUACCCAGCCAGACGCUGCUAACUUUAACUCCUGGAGGAGACACCUCAAACUGACCGACAAGGGCUCGCCGGAUGAUUUAGCUCAUGCGUGGGAGGACGUCAAAGCCAUGUUCAACGGGGGCAGCCGGAAGAGGACGCUGCCCAUGCACCGCCACGGGCCCGAACGUUCCUCUCCGUUAAAACCUCACCAAGGACCUUCCAACCUGCCCCGGAGAGACUCACCGGAGAUCCCCCCUAAAAUCCUCCGCUGCGAGGACAACCGGGGAGGCAUGGGGAGUAUAGCUAGCAUCACGCGCAGCUAUCCCAUUAUCCCGGUGCCCAGCAAAAGCUACGGGAUGCUGCAGAACGUGAAGAUCCCUCCACCUCUCUUCCCACACCCAUACGGGUUUCCGGCCUUCGGGUUGUGUCAGAAGAAGGAUGACAGUGGUGUGAUGGGGGAGCCGAAUAAAGCCCACCUCUCUGGCGUCUUCUCCUGGUCGAGCACCAAGGACAGCGCCUACCACUCUUUCCCCAUGUUCUGGCCUACUGCAGACGGCCUGUCCAUACCGUCCUUCCCCCAGCCACAGCACCAGGCCCAGCCACAGCACCAGGCCCAGCCCAAACAGCCAUCGGAGGUCCUGUGCGCCAGACAGAGUGAGCUGGACGCAUCCGAGCAGAGUCACAGAAAUAGCAACACUCCAAAGGACAAUGUGGGGGAUAGUGAGCGGUGCUCCAGCACUCAAUCCACCCGGAAUGAGGAUGACAAGUCCGGGGAUGAGGCGAGGUCAAUGGACGGUAAAAUGCCCGUUCUACCCCGGAAGAUUAGCUAUGUCUCCGCAUUCAGACCCGUCAUCAAAGACGCGGAGAGUAUAGCCAAACUAUACAGUAACCCGGGGAAGUACAACGGGGCUCGAGCUGGGUAUCUGUCACCUGAUUUCCUAAGAGAGAGCUCGAGCUACAGGUCCUUGUCGCCAGACAGCGUGGAGAGCGUUGGCGAGACAGAUGUGGACGUGGAGACCAAUAAGUCACAGGAGGAUGAGGAGUCACUUCCGCACUCCAUUGAGGACUGCAGGAGCCCCCCUGUCCCUGUUCUAAGCCUGUCGCGCGGUGCAGAUGACUGUGCCAGUAGAGAGGAGCCAUCUUCGACAGUGAAGGAGGUUGAAACGAAGUCGUAUAAGGGCCAAAGCCGGGAGGAGGGCCCGAGAGAAGCACUGAACGAGGACGAAUUGCAGAAACAACUCAUGGAGCAAGUGGAGCUAAGGAAGAAAUUGGAACGAGAAUUCCAACAUUUAAAAGAUAAUUUCCAUCAUCAGAUGAAAAGGGAGCUGUCCUACAGGGAGGAGAUGGUCCAGCAGCUUCAUAUUGUCAGAGACACAUUAUGCAGUGAGCUGGAGCGAGAGAAAAAGGCUCGCUAUGCUAUUCAACACAAGUUGAAAGAAGCUCACGACGCGCUACACCAAUUCUCCUGUAAGAUGCUGACUCCUCGUCACUGCACUGGAACCUGCUCCUUCAAACCUCCUCUUCUACCACCCUAGUCCCUUCCCACAGUCCGCCGUGGAGCCCCAUCCGUUUGGAAA